GUCGAAGUGCACUCUUGAAAGGACUUCUUUUUCUCUCUUUUUGCAGGCAUGGUUCAGAAACUUGACCAGAAGCUGCCUGUAGCCAACGAGUACCUGCUGCUUUCAGGUGGUGUGCGGGAAGGUGUGGUGGACAUUGAUCUUGAUGAGCUGAAUGUUUAUGCACGAGGCACAGACUAUGACAUGGACUUCACCCUGCUUGUGCCUGCACUGAAGCUGCAUGACCGCAACCAACCAGUCACGCUGGACAUGCGCCACUCGGCUUUGUGCCACUCCUGGCUGAGCCUGCGUCUGUUUGAUGAAGGAACUAUUAGCAAAUGGAAGGACUGCUGCACAAUCGUGGACCAUAUCAAUGGAGCUACCAAUUAUUUCUUUUCUCCGACAAAAGUCGCAGACUGGUUCUAUGACUCCAUUAGCAUUGUCCUCUCCGAGAUCCAGAAAAAGCCUCAGCGAGGGAUGCCAAAGGUGGAGAAGGUAGAAAAGAAUGGUACUAUCAUAUCCAUCAUUUUGGGAGUGGGCAGCAGCCGCAUGCUGUACGACAUUGUCCCUGUGGUGUCCUUCAAAGGCUGGCCUGCUGUGGCCCAGAGCUGGCUGAUGGAGAACCACUUCUGGGACGGGAAGAUCACAGAGGAGGAAGUCAUAAGUGGGUUUUACUUAGUGCCUGCAUGUUCCUACAAGGGGAAGAAGGACAAUGAGUGGAGGCUGUCAUUUGCCAGAAGUGAAGUGCAGCUGAAAAAGUGCAUCUCCAGCAGCCUCAUGCAGGCCUAUCAAGCCUGCAAAGCUAUAAUCAUCAAAUUGCUGUCUCGCCCCAAAGCAAUUAGUCCGUAUCACUUGCGGAGCAUGAUGCUGUGGGCUUGUGACAGGCUACCAGCCAGCUACUUGGCCCAGGAGGAUUACGCAGCCCAUUUUCUUCUGGGUCUCAUUGAUGAUCUCCAGCACUGCUUGGUCAACAAGAUGUGCCCCAACUAUUUCAUCCCCCAGUGCAACAUGCUGGAGCAUCUUUCUGAAGAAACCGUCAUGCUGCAUGCGCGGAAGCUGUCCUCAGUCCGCUCAGACCCUGCCGAACACCUUCGAACUGCCAUCGAACAUGUCAAAGCAGCCAACCGGCUAACACUGGAGCUCCAGCGGCGGGGCAGCACCACCAGCAUCCCCUCCCCACAGUCAGAUGGAGGGGACACCAACCAGCCUGAUGACCGAUUAGCCAAAAAGUUACAACAGCUAGUGACUGAGAACCCCGGGAAGUCCAUCUCCGUCUUCAUUAACCCAGAUGAUGUCACAAGGCCCCACUUCAGAAUUGAUGAUAAAUUUUUCUGAGCUUUCAUCAGUGGUUUUUGGGAUUUUUUUCUUUUGUUUCAUUUUUAAAAACUCUUGCGGCCUGCAGGUUUUUUCAUUUGGUUUUCCUUGAUGACUUAGUCUUUUGUUUUUUGCAUAUCCAGCGUAGAUUGGAUCUGUUGAGAACAAUCUGAAUAAAUUAUAAUUCCUGGUUCUGCAGGGCGGUGCAGAUUUUGAAACAGUAUAUUACUAUUUCAUGUGCUGCUUUGAUUUUUCUCACCCACCCAGCCCCAUUGUCUGUGAGUAGUUUCUAAAGGAGAACAUGCACUGUAAACACACAUGCCACAGUGUAAUGUAGAUUUUUUUUCAAGCUUCCAUAAUUUAUGUACAUUGUUGGGCCUGGGGAAGGGAGAACUCCCCUUCAGUUGCUUCAGAAAUUCACUUCUUUUUCCAUGAGCUUCCAUCACCCUAAAGAAACGAGGAGAGACUGGGUUGGAAAGCACUACUGGUAAUUUGACAAGGCCAAAUCUACUGGGCUGAAGCCCAGUUCAUCUGCUCUUCACACUUCUCACGCUAGGGGAGAAAGUUGACUUCAAAGAUGAUGAUGCAGCUUUUGGGGGAUAGAGUUGUUUCUGUUUUGAUCUACUUUUUGAAUGUAAUUGUUCAUAAUUGGAACUUGUACAGUCCAGAGGGUUGUUUCUGCUGCUUUUCCAUGCGGAAUAAGGUUAUGGAAUGUUAGUUUUAGUGUGUGUAAUUAUUCAAAGCCUUAUUUAAAUUCUAUUAAAGAACAUACCAUUAUAAAUGU